AUGCCCACCCAACUCGUCGGCCAGACAGUUACGCCCUUCCUCCGAGAACAUAUCCCCGGCAUCUACGCUCCCAUCGGAAAGCCCGAUGUCCAAAACGAAAACAACUCGCUCAUCCAGAAGCGAGACCCUACCAACAGCAAGUUCUGCUAUCGUCACCGCCCCGACGCAAAGUGUCGUCGCGCGGCUGAUGAGUCCAAGAUGGUCUUGAUCCAAAGUGAACUCGAUAAGCUGCCUUCCGCCGAUCAGCAAGCCAUCACACACGUGUGGUCCCUCUUCUCCGCCGCCCCCGCCAAGCACCGCGACCUGAUGCUCCAGGGUAUCAUCACCCAGUGCUGCUUCCCUCAACUAUCCACCGUCUCCCGCGAAGUACACGAACAGCUCAAGAUCGACUUCAUGGCUGCGCUCCCGACCGAGAUCUCAUACAAGGUACUCGGCUACCUCGACACCGUCUCCCUCUGCAAGGCCGCCCAGGUCAGCCGAAGGUGGCGGGACCUUGCCGACGACGACGUUGUCUGGCACCGCAUGUGCGAGCAACACAUCGACCGCAAGUGUACCAAGUGCGGCUUUGGCCUUCCUCUCCUGGAGCGCAAGAGGCUGCGAGACUGGAACAAGCAAAAGGAGCUCGCCGAAGCUAGGAGCCUACAACAGGAUGCCGUCGUCGAAGAGGUUGAACAGGUCGAAGAGGCUGAACAGGUCGAAGAGGUUGAACAGGUCGAAGAGGCCCCGGUAGCGUCGUCGCCCAACAUGAACAAGAAGCGUGAACUGGUUGUUCUCGACGACAGCCGAAAGCGUGCUUGCCUGAGCGACCCGGGCGAACCCAUGGCACCCAAGACCGGAGGGGAGAAGGAGAGAGAACGUCUCAUUCGGCCGUGGAAGAGUGUCUACCGUGACCGUUUCAGGGUUGGCUUUAACUGGAAGUAUGGUCGAUGCCACAUCAAGACCUUCAAGGGACACGACAACGGUGUGACUUGCUUGCAGUUCGAUGAUGAGAUCCUCGCCACAGGAUCCUACGACGCCAAGAUCAAGAUUUGGAAUAUUGAGACAGGAGAGGAGAUCCGCACUCUGAGCGGACACACCAUGGGUAUCCGCACCCUCAAGUUCGUCGGCAACAAGCUCUUCAGUGGCAGUUUGGAUCACACAGUCAAGGUGUGGAACUGGCAGACGGGCGACUGUAUCAGCACCCUGCGUGGUCACAGCGAAGGUGUCAUCACGGUCGACUUUGAUGGAAAGUACCUUGCAUCGGGGUCCAUUGACAAGUCGAUCAAGAUUUUCAACUUUGACAGCAAAGAAACAUUCUGCCUUCGUGGCCACGAGGACUGGGUCAACCAUGUUCGCUUGGACGCCGGAUCGCAGACGCUCUUCUCAGCCUCGGAUGACUGCACUGUCCGACUGUGGGAUCUGCGGAACAAGACAUGCAUCAAGACCUUUGAGGGCCACAUGGGCCAGGUGCAACAGAUUCUCUUGAUGCCGGAGGACUUUGAGCCCGAUGAAGAGGCACUCGCUGGUGAUGGCGCCGACAAUGCGUCAGUUCACAGCGGCAGCGGCCGGAGCACGACUCCGACGGCGUUUGCCAACGUGGCGUCGAUUCUCGGGUCCUCCUUCGGCGGAGCAGAAGCGAGUUCCCCACCGGAGGACGACCGGACGUCGUUUGGGUGCGCCUUCAACUCGGACCCCACCCGGCAGCUGCCGCCCCGCUAUAUGCUCACAGCCGGUCUCGACAACACGGUCAAGGUGUGGAACAUCCACACGGGCAAAUGCCUCCGUACCAUGUUUGGUCACGUCGAAGGUAUCUGGGGCCUCGUCGGUGACACUCUGCGAAUUGUCACGGGCGCCAACGACUCCAUGGUCAAGGUCUGGGAGCCCAAGAGCGGCAAGUGUGAGCGGACAUUCACCGGUCACUCUGGCCCCGUCACCUGCGUGGGCUUGACCGACAGCCGCAUGGCCAGCGGAAGUGAAGACGGCGAAGUGCGCCUAUACAGCUUCGAGGCAGAGGCGCCUCUCCUCGAGGAAUGUGGUACUCCAGCGUAG